UUUAAAGCUGCCUCUCGUAAAAGGAAACUAAGAGAUUCUCCGAUAAUUUGUGAAAACAGAAAUGAACAAGUCAUAAAAAAGCCAAAAGCCGAUCAUCUGGAUGAGUCAGAACCCCAAAGACAAUGGGAGAGGCAAGAGAUGCUUGUGAAGAAGCUGCAAAAUACAUUCCCUGGAUUGGAUGAAGAGGAACUGAGAGAUGUACUUCAGGAACAUAACUGGGUGUUUCAUGAAGCACUAGAGGCCCUGAGAGCAUUUGCAGAUGGUGAUGAGGACAUGGAAUUUCCUCCCAAAAGUGAAGCUUCUGACUGGACCAAAGCUUCCACCAAGAACACAACUGAUGAGAGUAGAGAGAAGCCGAAGCAGAAAUCUUCUGGGAAAGAUCAGAAUGGCUUUCAGAAAAAGGACAAAGGCAAAAGUAGCAUUUGGAGCACUAAAAGUGAAACUGAAGACUCGGAGGACGAGUCAGCUUCCGAAGAGGGUGGUAGCUCCCUUGACGAGGACUACAGCAGCGGCGACGAAGUGAUGGAGGAUGGCUACAAAGCGAAAAUCCUCAGCUUCCUGCAGGAUGCUUCCCCGAGCGAACUGAGUUUGAUUCCCCAGUGUUCUCAGAAAAAGGCUCAGAAGAUAAUAGCGCUCCGGCCCUUUAACAGCUGGGAGGCUCUGUUUACAAAAAUGACUAAGACUACUGGUUUGUCAGAAGACAUAGUAUGGAACUGCAAGAUACUGCUGAAGGAGAGAGACGUGGUGCUAAAGCUCAUGAAUAAAUGUGAAGAUAUUUCAAAUAAACUGACAAAACAAGUAACCAGGAUUACUGAAGAUGGAGGAUGUGGAUGGAACAUAGAGCAACCCUCUAUUCUGAAUCAGAGUUUGGAACUCAAGCCGUACCAGAAGAUUGGUUUGAACUGGUUAGCACUGCUGCAUAAACAUGGAUUGAAUGGCAUAUUGGCUGAUGAAAUGGGUUUAGGAAAAACAAUUCAAGCUAUUGCAUUUCUAGCUUAUCUCCAUCAAGAGGGCAAUAGGGGUCCCCAUUUGAUAGUUGUGCCAGCUUCAACGUUAGAUAACUGGAUAAGAGAAGUUAAUCUGUGGUGUCCUGAACUGAAUGUCCUUUUUUACUAUGGAUCCCAAGAAGAUCGGAGACAUCUCAGGGCAGACAUUAAUAAUAAAGUUGUCGAUUUCAAUGUGAUUAUAACUACGUACAACUGUGCAAUUAGUAGCUCAGAUGAUCGAGGACUGUUUCGCAGGUUGAAGCUUAACUAUGCAAUUUUUGAUGAAGGUCAUAUGCUCAAGAACAUGAGCUCUAUACGCUACCAGCACCUUAUGACAAUUAAUGCAAAGAAUCGCUUACUGCUAACAGGGACUCCAGUUCAAAACAACCUGUUGGAAUUGAUGUCCCUCUUGAAUUUCGUCAUGCCACGUAUGUUCAGCAGUAGCACAAGUGAAAUCCGAAGGAUGUUCUCUUCAAAAACGAAGAGUGCUGAAGAACAAAGCACAUAUGAAAAGGAGAGGAUUGCACAUGCAAAGCGGAUAAUAAAACCAUUCAUCUUGAGAAGAGUAAAAGAUGAGGUCCUUAAACAACUACCUCCCAAAAAAGAUCUCAUUGAAUUAUGUGCCAUGUCUGAGAAACAGGAACAAUUGUACUCUGAUCUAUUAAACAAGUUCAAGAAAACUGUUAACAGUAAUGAGAAAAACUCUGAUAUGGGAAAUGUAAUGAUGCAACUUAGAAAAAUGGCUAAUCACCCUCUCCUGCAUCGUCUGUAUUACACGACUGACAAGCUCAGGACAAUGUCCACGCUUAUGCUCAAGGAACCCACACAUUGUGAUGCUAACCCUGACCUUAUCUUUGAAGAUAUGACAGUAAUGACAGAUUUUGAGCUGCAUCUGCUUUGUAAGCAAUAUUCUCACGUCAGUGACUUCAAGUUAGACAUGGAUCAGAUCUUGGAUUCUGGAAAGUUUAGAGCACUGGAACGCAUUCUCUCUGACCUUAAAGAGAAGGGAGACAGAGUUGUAUUGUUUAGCCAAUUUACCAUGAUGCUGGAUAUCCUAGAAGUUUUCCUAAAACAGUGGCAACAUAGAUAUAUUAGGUUGGAUGGAAAAACACAGAUUUCUGAUCGGAUACAUCUAAUAGAUCAGUUCAAUACAGAUAUGGGGAUAUUUGUAUUCCUCCUGUCCACCAAAGCUGGUGGCUUGGGAAUUAAUCUGACCUCAGCAAACGUUGUUAUUCUUCAUGACAUUGAUUGCAACCCAUACAAUGAUAAGCAAGCAGAAGACCGUUGCCAUAGAGUAGGCCAGACGAGAGAAGUAAAAGUCAUAAAGCUAAUCAGUAAGGGGACUAUUGAAGAAUCCAUGCUCAAAAUUAGCCAGCAGAAAUUGAAGUUAGAACAAGAUAUGACUGCAGUAGAUUCAGAAGAAGAAGGAGCCAUUCCAGCAGAUAUAGCCACACUAUUAAAAGCUUCAUUAGGUCUCUAAAAUGUAAACAUGUUGUGGAAUUCAAGGAAGAAAGGUGAUGUUCUACCCCAAGGACUCUUACAUUACUGAUGACCAUGAGUUUUAUGAACAUUUAUAACUUUUUGUAAUUCCUUUAUUGUAUUCCUUCUGGUAUUGAAAAUUUUUAACACCGAUAGCAUUCUUUUGAUGCUUAAAAACAUAAGUGGCCCAAAUGUGCCAACAUCAGAUGCUGAAUAAACAUUAUUUUACGGAUCACUUCUCAAAACGGGGACCUAAGUAGUAAUUGUUUUACUAAAUCCGCUACUGCUUAAGAUUUGUCAGUAUUUUUGUAAUUAUUUCUACCUCCAAAUAUAUAUAUAUAAAAACUGUCUGUUUCACUGGAUUACACGUGUAGAUUUUUUUAUAUGUGCCUUAUUUGACAAUGCUCGAGUCUGUUUCUGCUUGUUUUGGUUCAUUUGAUGUACCGUACUGGUUUUGUAUCAACUUGUUCAAAUAAAAUUCCAUAGAUU